AUGUCAAAAAAACUUUUCAUUGUACACUUUUGCAUUGGAUUAGGGUUUACUUUAAUAGCUGAUUUUCCCGGUCUAAUUAUUAUUUGCAGAUUUGUACUUAUUAUGGAAAAAGACUCAACAUAUACUGGUCAGAAAGAUAAACGUCACUCAACAUUAGAGGAUACGAUAAAAAGCGACCAACAUAGUAUAACUGAUAUUGGUAAACAUGGAAUAUUUGUCGAGAGAACGCUGGCACUCAUUAAACCAGAUGCAAUUCAAAAUACAAAUGAGAUUGAAGAUAUGAUACUGAAAAGUGGUUUUACCAUCUUACAAAAACGUCGAGUUACAUUGACAGCUGAACAAUGUUCCGAUUUUUAUAGUGAGCAUUGUGGCAAAAAGUUUUUUCCAUCUCUCGUUGCAUUUAUGACGAGUGGACCAAUAUUAGCCAUGGUGUUGGCGAGAGAAAAUGCAAUAAGUGCAUGGCGAGAAUUAAUUGGGCCGACAAAUUCAACCCAAGCCAGAGAAUCACAUCCUGACAGUGUUCGAGCACUUUUUGGCACAAACGAACAGAAAAAUGCUGUGCAUGGAAGUGAUUCACUUAUUAGUGCUGAAAGAGAAAUAAGAUUCUUCUUUCCAAAUUGUAAGUAGUAAACUUAUGCAUAGAAAAGAGUACACUUGUUAUCUAAUAGUGUUUUAUAGGUUGUCUGUUCAUCUCAAUCUUUUAUUCUGUGUUUUUCUAGAAAUCAAUUCUAUGUUUAAGCUUUUGAAGUCUAUAGCUACACUUUCUAGUUCGAUAAAUUAUAUGAUCUGAUAAUUUGCUCUAUUUUUCCAAGGCAUUGUUGAACCAGUCAGUCCGUUUGCACUUUCCCGAUCGAGAAAUGUGUCCCAAUCGGGAAAGAUGUUAUCUCAUGAACCAUAAGUCGCUGGAGUGCGGCCAAGUUUUAUUCUGUUUCUUAGGUGAUUUACAGUUGCUCUAUGUGAAAAGCCGAAGCUCUUCUUUGAUCGUUGCUUACAUGCCAUGCUAAAACAACUUUUUGCUGAAAAAUCUCUUAUUUUUAUUUACCGAUCGGGAAAUAAGACAGGAUAUUUCCUGUUCGGGAAAGAUCAACUAUUUCCCAUUUGGGAAAGAUGUAUUUCCUGAUCGAAAAAUAAUGCGAUACUAUGCACUGUACUCUUCUUAACGCUGUACAGU